UACAGGAAGCCAGGUUGGACAUAAGAGGGGCUGGCGGAGCAGUAAGGCGGAUCGCGGUUGGUCGGAAGGCGCUCAGAAACGUCAUGAGGGGAGGUUGCAUACGUGAGAGAAGCACGGUAACUGUAACUAAGGGACGAGGAGUCGAGGGGUGGGGAGGUGUAUGGAUAAGGGUUCAGAUAGACAACGCCGCUGAAGUGAUCAAAGCCGCGCAUUUGAGCAGUUGCAAUAUACAGCUUGUAUAUCAUUGUGCGAGGCUAUAUGAGGUAGACUGCCUUCAUUGUCAUGAGUCAUGGUCAUAGCCGAAGAAUGAUAUUGGAGUCAUCUUUACCUUCAAGAGAAAGAUGCUGACAAUGCUUCUGCUUCUGGUCUCCCUCAUAUUGAACCAGGCGUUGCUCUUAUCAGAAGCCAUGUCAUGUCCCCAGUAUUAGAUGCCAUUGACUGGAAGACGUUUCAGUAUUACCACUCGGUUGACCCACAGAGAGGAGUCUUUGACUGGAAGAUAGAUUUCCACUGGGAACCAGUCCCAAAGUAUGAGAAGAAGCAGCAUGGCUCCCUGGUCAGCCCAGCCAGCUGUACAAUGUUGGCACUGGCUGUUGUGCAGAUUGCAAGACCAGGUGGGGUGCUGCUGGAGAUCCUGUCCAGCUUCCCCCUUGCAGUGGUAACGGCAAUCAGGGUGGAUUUCUUUGUCCCUGGCGUUCCGAAGGUUGGUGGUUUUUCAAUCUGCUCAACCCCUGGGUUGUUGAAAAGAGAGGGAGUCUUGGAGCUAGCUGUCAAGUACAGCAAACAUCCCCCUGCCCACUGGGUGCAUACUGAGUGCACCCUGGACUCUGAAGUAGAUUUGCGAGUGGGAUAAGGUUUCUAUUUUGACCUUGUACCUUCUGAACCUGCAGUGGAGCUGCUGCUGCUGGUGGCUGACAGAGUCGGAAUCAACCCCUUCUACUCCAUACUGCUGCAUGUGGCUGACCUCCACCCAGGGUUGGGGCUACGAACCUGGACAGAUUGCUGUGCAAAAAAAAUACAGGGGCUGCUUUUUAACUUCGUGAUGGAAGGAUUUUUGAAAUUAAAGUUAAUUGUAUUGUCUCCAGCACAUGUAUGUUAACCUUCCUGUGGUACCUCUUACGUAACAGACACUAUAAAAUAUUUUGUAAUUGGUGAUAUUAUGUGGAGACUAAAGAUAAAUGAUGGAACCCGGAAUUGGACCUAUUCAGAAGCGCAACUCCGUGCCAGGAGUCACAGGACACUUGCAGUGCAGCAUCAAAGCAUGCUUUCGGGAUUGCCUGUGUUCUCAAACUAUUGUAAAGUUUGCACGCUGUUCUCAUUCAGCAAUUGGUCACAGUUUGCUUUAGUGUUGAGAGAUGUUUGCUGGAGUGAAAAGCACACUGUCAACAGUUUUAGGUGAUUUAAAAUAUACGUCUUGGAAAUAAUAUUUUGGAAAUGCAGAAAUUCUUGUUUUUAUCAAGAAUAGUAUUUUAAAUGAUAUGUUUUAUUGAUUUUUUAGAUUUAUUUUGAAAUUAGUGACAUGUAUUCUGAAAUACGUAUCCCUUUCUCUCCAUUAAUAUACUUUUUUUUAGCCUUGUAAUUUACAUACUGUAGUUUUCCUUUAUUCAGAAUACAGUGCCUCUACACAUGAACAUCUGUUUUUAUAUAGUUCAUCAUGCUGCUACUGCACAAGGUAUCACCACAGCUGAUCAGCAGUCCUGCAGCUAUGCCCUUUCACCAAGAUGGCCGACUUCCGGUUCUGUCCUACCAUCGAGUCGGCCCAUCCCUGUGAAGGCGUGCCACCAACCUUACUUAGAAAAUAAAACCAAGAGCUUCUGCUUUCAGUCUAGAAAAAUGACUUUAGGGGGUUUUCCUUAAGUUAUUUUUGGAUCUUUUCAUUCUAUAAAAAAAAAAAAAAAAAGAUUUAUUAAAAAUGCAUUGUAGUUUUAAGGAAGUAUGCCUUACCACUUGGAAACAUUUGUUUUAUUUUGGUAUUUGUAACUACAGAAAAAUGUUUAACAAAAAAAAACCAAACAGUUUUUAAACUUUCCAGGGGGUUCAAAAGUUGUUAAAGUACAUUUUGCGAGUGCCAUUAUGUUAUGUGAUUGUGUGAAUGUUUACUUUCCACAUCAAUUUCAUAUGAGGCAUAAUGUCUGAUACUUUUUUUUUUUAUUCUACUUCCUGUGGAUAUUUUUUUU